AUGGAGGCUGAGACCUACAUACAGGCGGUAGACCUCUGUCACAUGGGAAAUCAAGGGGAUCAAAAAAGGUUCGAGAAAAAGGAGGGUCGUUCACAGAAAGCGGCCCCCAAGGAAGAGAAGAAGAGGAAAGAUGUUUGGAUGGCCGACACCACUAGUCAGCCGUCCAGCAAAAAGAGAAAGGAAUUCAAUCCAUACUCCCCCAAGUAUGAGUUCAACAAAGAUAAUCAUGCCAUCUUCACAGAGAUUAAGGGCCGACUCUCACUCGAGAAGCCGACACCUAUGAGGGGUGACCCUAGCAAGCGCAACCAUGGCAAGCACUGCUACUUUCAUGAAGACGUUGGGCAUGAGACCAACGAAUGUAUCAGUUUUAAGCGUCUGCUAGAUCAGUUGGCUGAAAAAGGCGGCUAUGUAGGGGGAGGUCCGACUAUUCGGGGAAACAAGGAUAACAUCAGACAACUGGAUGUUAACUCUGUUAAUAAGGAUGAGACCUCUGGUAACUCGUUUCCUGAGGUUAUUAUUUCUGAGAAAGACUCGGGUGGUGUCCGACGACCACAUGACGAUCCAAUUGUAAUCAAGUGUAAAGUGGCCAAUCAAAGAGUCGGGAGGAUACUUAUUGAUAUAGGGAGUUCGUCGGACCUCAUCAGCCAUAAGUUCUUGACCAAGCUCAAGUACAGGCUUGAGAGUAUACAACCUCUCUCCCAUCCUCUCGUUGGAUUUGGAGGGGGAGUUGUCCAUCCGAUUGGCCAAGUUGACUUGCCCGUCUGUCUGGGUAAGAAAGGUGAGGGCCGCCACAUGGUCAUUCGUUUCCUGGUUGUGGAAGAGCUUACUGCCUACAACAUGAUCCUUGGGCGCCCAACCCUUAAUGACUCUAAAGCAGUUAUCAUUCCAUCCCUUAUGUUGCUCAAGUUUGAGAAGGACGAAAAAACAGUUGGUUCCAUAAGGGGGGACCAGAGAAUGGCCAGAGAAUGUUACCUCACUGACAUCAAAACAACGGUAACUUCAGACGGCUCAACUGGCAAAGCCAUAAAAGAAGCGUCUAUCCAAGAGGCAGGCAGCAGGAAGAGAAAAGCCUCCGAAACGGAGGUCAAGAAAAAGCAUAAACAAUAG